AUGCUUAAGUGUACGUCCACGCGUACACGGCGACCAGUGCGCACGGCGAAUGCGUCACUGAUGCCGACGACGGCGGCGGCGGACUUUCUUAUAUUUAGCCAGUAUGAUACUCUGCUCAGUUGUUGCACUUUCCAUCUUACCACCACCAUGACCGAAAGUUCAUACUCAAUCGGCGUCUCUUCGCUACUGAGCAAGCACCCAAACCCCAUUCCUGAGGGCCAGAAGCCAGAUCACUGGGUAGACAAGGAUGGCCGCUCUUUCGUGAAUCCCUGGAAGAGUUGGGUUCCUCACAAGUUUACAGAGCAGAUGCGGUUUCUCCCUACUACUCUACAAUUCCCCUCUCCUCCGAAGGACAUCGCGCAACGCCUUCCGAUACGCCAACCAACGUGGGGCAACGAAGGGAAGUCUCAAACGGAAGGCGGAAACAAUAAGCUGAAGGCUACCUGGCUGGGGCAUGCAUGUUUCCUCGUCGAGUUUCCCCGACGCAACUUGGCGGAGGACGACAGGGGCGUUCGAGUCCUCUUCGACCCCGUGUUCAGCGAUCGCUGCUCUCCGAGCCAGUGGAUAGGUCCUAAGCGGUUUACUCCACCACCCUGUAAGAUUGAGGAUAUUCCAGAAAUCGACGCAGUGGUCAUUUCACAUAACCACUAUGACCACCUCGACACGCACACCAUCAAGACGCUCCUCAAGCGAUCAAAGCAUGUUCCGCACUUCUUUGCGCCUCUAGGGAACGGCGCGUACUUCAAGUCCAUCGGUGUGCCGGAGUCGAACACGCAUAUCAUGGACUGGUGGGACUCGAAGCGUGUCGAGGUCCGUCGAGGGGGCGUGGACGACAGCACCGCGCGUGUAGUGGAGAUAACGUGCACGCCUGGACAGCACUUCACGGGCCGGACCAUUAUCGACAACUUCAAGUCUCUAUGGGCGGGCUGGGUCGCAGAAGAGGUAUUGCCAGAGGGACCGUCGGAACGGGCCCCGCUCAAAGUGUACUUUGCUGGCGACACGGCGUACCGGACAGUGUUGGACGGACAGGACGAGGACAAUGUACCGGUGUGCCCAGCGUUUGAGAUGGUCGGGAAUACGUUUGGAGGGUUCGACUGCGCGUUCAUUCCCAUUGGAGCGUACCUUCCCCGUAACUUCAUGUCUCGGAUACACUGUGCACCUCAGGACAGCGUGAGGCUGUUCAAGGACGUCAAGGCGAAGAGGGCUCUAGGCAUGCAUUGGGGCACUUGGAUUCUCACGUCAGAGGACGUGCUCGAUCCUCCUAAACGCCUUGCAGAGGAGUGCAAGAAGAUCGGGAUUGACGAGGACGCCUUCACUGUGUGUGACAUUGGCGAGACGGUCUUGUUCUAG